AUGAACGGCGGCGGCACUGCCACCUUCCGAUCCAUCCUCGACAAGCCCCUGAAGCAGCUCACCGAGGAUGACAUUUCUCAGCUCACUCGCGAAGACUGUCGCAGAUUCCUCAAAGAAAAAGGGAUGCGCAGGCCUUCCUGGAACAAAUCGCAGGCGAUCCAGCAGGUCAUUUCCCUCAAAGCGCUUCUCGAACCUUCCGACGAUGAUUCCCCUCCUCCUGCCCCCAUGCACCACCAUACUCAUCCUCCUCAACCUCAACCGUCAAAGGCCCCGCCUCCUGAAGAACCCGCUUUUCACGCCGCCGACGACAUUCAGAAAUCUGCCUCUUCUGGGGAAAAACCCACGGAGACUAUUAACACCAACGUUGCUAGCCCCAGAGGGUGUGCAACUAGUGGAUCAUUUGGCCAAAUGACAAUUUUCUAUUGUGGUAAGGUGAAUGUCUACGAUGGAGUCUCACCUGAUAAGGCACGAGCAAUCAUGCAGCUUGCUGCAAGUCCUGUCCAGUUUAUUCAGGAUGAUCCUUUACAUGGAAACACAGCAGUUUGGUCUUCUCCUUGCCACUUACCGAUGGAUAAGGAUGCCCUUGUCCCUGUUGAUACAACAAUCUUUCAGGUUGCUCAAGCAGAAAAGAUGGUGGAAUAUCCUCUGCAAUACAGAGAGAAAGGGAGCAUAGCUCGUGAUACUGAUGGUCAAGCAAGCAGAAAAGUGUCAUUGCAGCGAUAUCUUGAAAAGCGCAAGGACAGGGGAAGAUUGAAAGGCAAGAAAUUUACUGGGAUAACUUCAUCUAACUUCGAGAUGUAUUUGAACCUUCCAGUGAGGGUCCCUGCCCCAAAUGGGAAUUCAAGCCGUAGUAGUACUAGCUCUCCACCACAGCCUAGACUGCCUCUAGUUUCCAGUGGUUCAGCUGACAACCAGCUCAAAGUUGCCCUUCCCAUUGAUCUCAAUGACAAAGAUGUUCAGGAGUGCUAA